CUCUUUGGACGUUCCCCUCCCAACGCCGUUGCCUGUUCCUUAGCGUGACAAGAUGGCGAAGGAGAAGAGCCGCAGCAAGGAGCAGGUGACCAGGGAGUACACCAUUCACCUCUCCAAGCGGCUGCACAAGACCAGCUUCAAGAAAUGCGCUCCUAAGGCUGUGAAGGAGAUUCGCAAGUUUGCCGCUAAGGUGAUGGGCACCAAUGACGUGCGCCUGGACGUGAAGCUCAACAAGGCCGUGUGGAGCAAGGGCAUUAAGAACGUGCCCACCCGCCUGCGCAUCGUCAUCAACAGGCGGCGCAACGACGAUGAGGACGCCAAGGAGGAGAUGUACUCGUUCGUCACUGUCGCCGAGGACCAGACGACUAAGGGCAAGGGCACGGUCGUCGUCCAGGACGCUUAAGCGCUCCACCGUGUAACGUGCGAACUGCGCAAUGUGCGUUCCAUUUCCCUACUACAUGCUAGCACAGGAGGG